UUCUGUUUCCAAAAUACAGUUUUCGGUAAUUUUCCAACAUAUUCCCAAAAGUGAUGGCAAAAUCACUCGGAUGUACAUAUGGUUACUUUGGUGCAGUAGAUACUCGCACAAAAGCAUCGGUUUCUGCGUCAGUAUAAUUGUGCAAUGGCUUGGGGGCGCUCCCAUGACGCCAAGACCCUCUAUAAAUACCGGGAGUCUCCGCUGACCAAGACACAGCAGCUCACAGACACACUGAAAGCAAAUCUAUCCUCGAGAGCCAUGACUCCUAGCCUCAAUUCAAACGCAACCCAGUCAUACCCUCCAAGGAUGACAGUGGCCGAGAAGAAAGAAGCGAGCGAAUUAAGAAAGACACUCAAGCCCUUGAUGGAAAAGAAAAGGCGCGCACGCAUCAACGAGAGCCUAGACCAUCUGAAGACUCUCAUCCUCCCUCUGAUCGGCAAAGAUAAUUCUCGGUACUCCAAAUUCGAGAAAGCUGAUAUUCUCGAGAUGACCGUAAGAUUCCUCAGAGACAUAUCCACUGCUCCUAUACAAAGUCCAUCUGACAGUUACAAAGAGGGGUACAAGGCAUGCCUUCAGCGCGUCUCUACCCUGCUCCCCAAAACCAACCUCCUUGACAAAGACACCUGCCAGCGUGUGGACGAGUACAUACAGCAGUCGAUGACUGCGGCAGAGGCCCCUACCUGUCAGAACUGCUGCGCUCAGAACUCCCGCGCGUUUCCACAGAGUCAGAGAGUCCUGAGUUUCAAGAGCAGCGGGAGCCCCAGAACCGAAACCCACUCCAGGACCAAUGGCCCACCUCCUCAAAGAAACCAGCCAGUGCCACCGGCCUUCAGCGCCAACAUGUGGCGGCCGUGGUAGACUCCAAUAUGAACAAUAACAAAACCUGUCCUAUGUUUGUUAGUACAUUUUGUAUAAUACGUACAUGUACUCGAGCCCACAGGAGAAAAGAAAAGAAAGAAAAAAAAUGGUGACCGAUGCAAUUGUGCGCCAAAGAGAUUAACUGUAAUUUAUUGAUGCCAUAAUACUUUGUUGGCAAUUUGGCAUUUGGCCAGUAUUAAUGUACAACUCACAACCAAGUUUCAAAUCCAAUGUUCUGCUAUGGCGGAACGAGGGAAUAUUUUAAUUCUAUGAACUUUUAUAUUUAAUCCUCUUUGGGGUUGAAAUGAAUAUGGGUUGUAGACAACACCUUUGUAAAACCCCAAGGGUUAUUUUUAUGUGUGAGAUUUGCGCAAUUGACUUCUGUAAUGUGAGUCUGUGCGAAGAAACAGUAAGCACUAUGUGUUAGAGAUCUCGUUGUAAUACGAAAAUAUUAAAUGGAAGGUAUAGCAUUCAAAAGAUAAUCUCUUGUAAUGCACAUGUAAUUCCAAUAAAUGUUGAAUACUCAUUUCCAAAAAAGCUAUUUGUUUUGUCAUCCUUUCAUCUGAUUAAUUUAUCUCACGUUUUGCAUUGAGA